AUGGCGCGCUUUGCGGCAGCGUUCGCCGUUCUUAUCGAUGCCGGCGCGGAUCUCGAGGCGCAGGAUUUUGAUGGGCUGACAGUCCUUCUGCAAGCAGCCAAGAACAGACAGCCGGAGAAAAUGCGGUUCCUGAUGGCUGCUGGAGCGCAGAUUGACGCCGUGUCGUCUGUGUAUGGCAACGUCUUGCACAUCGCGGCGGCGUUCACCGACGUUGCAUUGCUCGAGUUCUUGGACAGCAUCGACCUGAGCAUGACCGAUGUAGAACACGCCACUGAGAAACGCGGUACGCCGUGGGGCGUGCUGAGGUUUGUCAUGACGCGCAGCGAGCUCGAGCUCGGGCUCGAGAUCCUCAACCGGCCGACGAAGGAGGUUGCGCGUCGGUUUACCGCCUUGUUCCGGAAGGUGAGAGAUCAAAACCUUCAGCACGACUUUGACAUCCUCGCGACCGUCCUGGAAUCGCUGCGGCUGAAGGAGGGAGGAGUGGCUUUGAAACAUCUUGCUCCGCUGAUUCAGCUGAAAGAAUCGUGA